UAUAAGAAAUGCUAGGUCAAUGCUCCCACACGUUGGAGCUAUUAUACUAUGUAAACAAUAAACCCUCUUCUUGGCUUCCCAUUUGCGUACGUUGGCACGCCGAGUGUUUUGUGGAGGAAAUGGGGAGCAGCGCGGCGCAGCGGCGGCGAUGGACGCUGGCUCUGGUGACCACGGCGGCGCUGCUGGAGCGCGCGGAUGAGCAGCUGCUUCCCGCGGUGUACAAGGAGGUCGGCGAGGCGCUGCGCGUGUCCCCCACCGCGUUGGGCUCCCUCUCGCUGUGCCGCGCGCUCGUGCAGGCCGUCUGCUACCCGCUCGCGACGUGCGCCGCGGCGCGCUGCGACCGCGCGCGCGUCGUCGCCGCCGGCGCAGUCCUCUGGGCCGUGGCCACACUGCUCGUCGGCGCCUCGGGCACUUUUCUCCAUGUCAGUGUCUCUGCAUGCCACGACACGAGGGGCUUCAACGGCGUCGGGCUGGCGCUCGUUGUGCCGGCGAUCUACUCCCUGGUGGCGGACUACAGCGACGACGGCACGCGCGGCUCGGCGUUCGGGUGGGUGGGGAUGGCGCAGUUCAUGGGCCGUGUCGCCGGGAACACCCUCGGCGUGCUGCUAGCGGCGACGAGCUUCCUCGGCGUCCCAGGCUGGCGGCUGGCGUUCUACGCCCUCGCGCUCGUCAGCGCCUCCAUCGCCGCCCUAACGUGGCUGCUCGGCGCCGACCCCCGCCGCCCCGUCACCGUCCGCGGCGCGAAGUCCGCCACGGCCGCGGCGGCCACGCUGGCCCAGCUCGCCCGAGAAGCCAGGGACGUGGUGAAGGUGCCGACGUUCCAGAUCAUCGUGGCGCAGGGCGUGGCCGGGUCGGUGCCGUGGUCGGCGCUCAGCUUCGCCGCCAUGUGGCUGGAGCUCGCCGGGUUCACGCACUGGCAGACCAGCGCGCUGACCGGCCUCAACAACCUCGCCAACGCGGUCGGCGCGCUGUUCGCGGGGUUCGUCGGGGACCCACUGGCGCGGCGGUUCCCGGACACGGGCAGGAUCGCGCUUGCGCAGGUGUGCACCGCGUCCACCGUCCCGCUCGCCGCCGUCCUGCUGCUCGCGCUCCCCGACGACCCCGCCGCGGUGGCCGCGUACGCCGCCACGUUCUUCGUCCUGGGCUUCGUCAUGCCCUGGUGCCCCGUCGCCACAAACAACCCAAUUUUCGCGGAGGUCGUGCCGGAGAAGGCGAGGACGACGGUGUACGCGCUGGACAGGUGCUUCGAGACGGUGUUCGCCUCGUUCGCGCCGCCGCUCGUGGGCAUCCUGGCGGAGCGCGUCUUCGGGUACCAACCGGCGGCCGCGUCCGGCAGGAGCGUGGAGGCUGACAGGGACAGGGAGAACGCCGCCGCCCUCGGCAAGGCGGUGUUCGCAGAGAUCGCCGUGCCGGUUGCCGUCUGUUGCCUCGCCUACACCGGGCUGUACUGGACUUACCCCGCCGACAGACAGCACGCGCAGACGGCCGCUCUGCAACUGCAAGCGGCGGGGGAUCAGGACUGCGACUGCGAAGCCCAUGCUGCUGCAGGAGCUGAGGGCUUGAACCAAGCGCUAUUGCCGGAACAAGAACGGAGUAGCAAAUUCUGAAGAAUACAUACAUACAUACACAGAUACACUUCAAGCUGGCUAACCAAUGGACAGAUUCGAUAUACAAUCAUUUCAAAUACCAAAGAUUGUAUUGUAUUGUAAAAACAUGCUAUUGAAUUGCUUUAAUGCAAAGACAAUCAUACGUACAUGCGUAUACUUGGAGAA